AUGAUAAAGACUCUCCAUGUACAUGAACAAAAUGGGGGCUCACCAAUGCUGUCUCUUUCAAUAGCUCUUACUGAUAAGGGACUUUAUUUUUCAGUAUUGGAGCUAAGCUCACAAGUCCUUUCUUCGUUUUCUUGGUUUUGCAGAUACCAUGCAAUUCAUAGAGAAGUUUAUAAAUGGUUUGAUAUAAGCUUCGAUCAAUUUGGACGCACGUCUACUCCACAACAGACGGAAGUUUGUCAGGCGAUCUUUAACAAGCUUUGGGAGAAUAAUUGGCUCUCUGAGAACACUAUGCAGCAGCCGUACUGUGACACAUGCAAAAAGUUUUUGGCGGACCGGCUUGUAGAGGGUAACUGCCCGACACCAGGUUGCAACUAUGAUUCUGCGCGUGGAGAUCAAUGUGAGAAGUGUGGGAAACUCUUAAAUCCCACUGAUCUGAAGGAUCCAAGAUGCAAGGUUUGUCGUAACACCCCUUGCAUCCGAGAUACAGACCAUUUGUUCCUUGAGCUCCCUCUGCUAAAGGAUAAAUUAGAAACUUACGUCAACAACAUGUCUGUGGCUGGAGGAUGGAGUCAGAAUGCUGUCCACACAACAAAUGCCUGGCUUAGAGAAGGACUAAAGCAAAGGUGUAUAACUAGAGAUUUGAAAUGGGGGGUUCCAGUUCCACAUGAAAAAUACAAGGAGAAGGUUUUCUACGUGUGGUUCGAUGCUCCUAUUGGAUAUGUAUCAAUAACAUCAUGCUACACAACGGAGUGGGAGAAGUGGUGGAAGAAUCCAGAGAAUGUGGAGCUCUAUCAGUUUAUGGGCAAAGAUAACGUGCCUUUUCACACUGUGAUUUUCCCAUCUACACUGCUUGGAACUGGUGAAAACUGGACUCUUAUGAAGACUAUCAGUGUAACAGAAUACUUGAACUAUGAAGCAGGCAAGUUCUCGAAGAGUAAGGGCGUAGGAGUAUUCGGAAAUGAUGCAAAAGAUACAAACAUUCCUGUAGAAGUAUGGAGAUAUUACUUGCUGACAAACAGG